AUGAACAUAGACGUGGAGUUCCACAUCCGACACAACUACCCCUGGAGCAAGUUGCCGGCCAACGUGAGGCAGAGUCUUGGAAAUUCACAGAGGGAAUAUGAAAAGCAGGUUGUCCUGUACAGCAUCCGCAAUCAGUUACGAUAUAGAAAUAACUUAGUUAAACAUGUCAAGAAAGAUGAACGCAGGUACUAUGAGGAACUACUAAAGUACAGUCGAGACCAUCUCAUGCUGUACCCUUACCAUUUAUCAGAUAUUAUGGUGAAGGGCCUGAGGAUAACACCAUUUUCAUACUAUACUGGGAUUAUGGAGGAUAUUAUGAACAGUGAGAAAAGUUAUGAUUCCCUGCCCAACUUUACUGCUGCUGACUGUCUAAGGCUUCUUGGCAUAGGAAGAAACCAGUACAUCGAUCUGAUGAAUCAGUGUAGAUCGUCAAAAAAAUUUUUCAGAAGGAAAACAGCUCGUGAUCUUCUCCCAGUAAAGCCGGUAGAAAUCUCCAUAGAGGCGUGGUGGGUGGUGCAGGCUGGAUAUAUCACAGAAGACGACAUAAAGAUAUGCACUUUGCCUGAGAAAUGCGCUAUUGAUAAGAUCAUCGAUGCAGGCCCUCAGCUCUCUGGAUCACUAGAUUACAAUGUAGUACAUAGUUUAUAUAAUAAAGGAUUUAUUUAUCUGGAUGUACCAAUAUCCGAUGACAGUUGUAUAGCAGUUCCUCCUCUUGAAGGUUUUGUAAUGAAUCGAGUGCAAGGUGAUUAUUUUGAAACUCUGCUCUAUAAGAUAUUUGUUUCAAUAGAUGAGCAUACUAAUGUUGCAGAGCUUGCAAAUGUCCUUGAGAUAGACUUAUCCCUGGUGAAGAAUGCUGUUUCAAUGUAUUGCCGAUUGGGCUUUGCCCAUAAGAAGGGACAAGUAAUAAAUUUGGAUCAACUUCAUUCAUCGUGGAGAAAUGUUCCGUCUAUAAACAGAUUAAAGACUACUUUAGAUCCACAGAGGAUGCUCUUAUCCUGGGAUGGCGGGGAAAGCAGGAGUCCCGUACAGGAAGUGUCUUCGGCUACUGACACCGAUACAAACAGUCAGGAGGAUCCAGCCGACACAGCCAGUAUAAGCAGUUUAAGUUUAUCUACAGGAUAUACAAAGCGUAUUGCAUUUCUGUUUGACUCAACUCUCACUGCCUUUUUAAUGAUGGGAAAUCUUUCACCAAACUUAAAAAGCCAUGCAGUCACCAUGUUUGAAGUUGGGAAACUCUCAGAUGAAUCUCUGGAUAGCUUUCUUGUAGAACUGGAAAAGGUUCAGAGCACUGGUGAAGGGGAAGCACAGAGAUAUUUUGACCAUGCACUUACUCUGAGAAACACGAUACUAUUUCUUCGUCACAAUAAAGAUCUAGUUGCACAAACUGCACAGCCAGACCAGCCCAGUUAUGGUUUUCCUCUGGAUCUCUUACGCUGUGAAAGCCUUCUUGGUUUGGACCCUGCAACUUGCAGCAGAGUUCUAAACAAAAAUUACACACUGCUUGUUUCCAUGGCUCCUCUCACCAAUGAGAUUCGGCCCAUCAGCAGCUGCACCCCUCAGCAUAUUGGACCAGCUAUUCCAGAAGUCAGUUCUGUCUGGUUUAAACUGUACAUUUACCAUGUGACUGGGCAGGGACCACCAUCUCUUUUGCUAUCCAAAGGUACAAGACUUCGAAAACUGCCAGAUAUUUUCCAGGGUUAUGAUCGAUUACUAAUAACAUCUUGGGGUCAUGAUCCUGGGGUAGUUCCUACAUCAAAUGUGCUCACAAUGUUGAAUGAUGCUUUAACACAUUCGGCGGUUUUGAUUCAGGGACAUGGCUUCCACGGGACAGGAGAAACUGUCCACAUACCAUUUCCAUUUGAUGAGACAGAACUACAAGGAGAGUUUACUCGUGUCAAUAUGGGUGUUCAUAAAGCAUUGGAAAUAUUAAGAACAAAGGUGGACUUGCAGCAUUUUUGUGGCUAUAUCACCAUGUUGAAUGCUUCGAGCCAACUUGCAAGCAGAAAACUCAGUGAUGCUUCUGAUGAGAGAGGUGAACCUGAUUUGGCUUCUGGCUCAGAUGUAAAUGGAAGUACAGAGUCAUUUGAAAUGGUCAUUGAGGAGGCAACUGCAGAUUUAGCAACUAAACAAAACUCUGUUGCCACAACAGAAGCAGACUGGGUUCCUCUCGAGCUGUGCUUUGGAAUUCCAUUGUUUAGUUCUGAAUUAAACCGGAAAGUUUGUAGAAAAAUUGCUACCCAUGGCCUUUGCAGGAAAGAGAGCCUUCAAAACCUCUUACAUUCCAGUAGAAAACUUUCUCUACAAGUCCUUAAUUUUGUUCACUCAUUCCAGGAAGGUGCUUCAACACUGGAUAUUCACACAGAGGCCAGCUUUUCAAGUUUGCUCUCCCAGUCAUCCCAAGCAGAUCUGGGAGUCCCACUGCCUGCAAAGAACUUAGUAUUUAAAGAUGGCAUCUUAUCAGAAUGGAGUGGACGGUCACCUUCCUCACUGCGUAUUGCUAGUCUCCAUAUGCAAUGA